AUUUUCAGCUGGCAGUGCUGUGUUUGUUUACCUUUUUCCAAAACUCAGCAUGGCCAAUGAAAGUCCUUACUUUUGGAAUGAAUUUGAAUUAAAACAACCGCCAUUGGUGACCCUGCAGGUGGAGGACACGGGCUUUGCCAAAAAUGUAUUUGUGGUCAUCAACAGGUUCUUGCAACAGUUGUCCGAACCGGAUGCCAAGAACUUCGAGGAGACUGCGGCGCUGAUAGGACGACUGAUGGCGCGCAGAAAGAACUCCUUCCGAAAUAUGCCAGGAUUCCGAGCACUCUGUAAGCUGAAUGCUGCGCUGUGCCGCCUUCUCCGUUUGGAUUUGGGCAGGGACUUGGUGCAGUUUCGCGGUGCCCUGCCCGAUGCUUGUGAUUCGGAUCUCGCUGGACCCAUGCCCACGCGAAGCAGCUUUGAGUAUAUUUUGGUGCGCCUGUUGGGUUUCUACCAUCUUCACGAGCGGAUCAGGGAGUGCUGCAUUAAGGCAGCCACCUAUUUCAUCCAACUCCUUCGGAACAACUUCUUCAUGGACUUCACCACGCUGUUAAUCGCAGCCAUUGCAAAGAUUAACAAACUGAGCUCCCUGCAGGCCAGCAAGAGUGCCAAUCUAUAUAAUAAGCUGCGCCCUCGCCCGAAUUUUCCGCAGGUGGCUAAGCACAAAUUCCUGGCGGAGAAUCAGGAGUUGCCUUUAAAACUGCAGCCCCUCCAGAGCACAAUUAAUCAAACAAAGGAGGCAGCCACACCCGCUUUGGUUCUAAAAGCCCAAAAGAUAAUCACCAAGGUGGAAAAAUCCAAAUUGGAGGCCAAAUCCGAUGUAGGCACUGUAAUAGCCAGAAAAGACACACCUGAAACCAAAACAAAAUUUAAUGAGGAGGCCCUAGCCACCGUUGCGGAUGCACAGCAGUUUAUUGCCCGUGAGUCCAAGGCCAGAAAACAGAAUCCCCCGUCGGAAUCCUGCCUAACCAAGAGUAUACCCAAGCACGAGUGGCUGGCCGCCCAGACGCUCUUCCAGCGCAAGUUGUCGAAGGAUCCCGUCAAGGCCUUAAGCAUAUUUCGCAAGUUUAUUGUGAGCAAAAUAAAGUAA